CGUAAGCCAUGCACUCUCUAUUUGAUACUCUUACUGUCACGGUGUCUCUUCCUUUUCUUUACAUCUGUUUUUUCCCUUCUUCUUUAAGAGCAUACGUGUUCACGCUUCACAAUUCCCUUUAUUUCUUCACAAUUACUCUGUUACUGCUGUAUCAUCAUGAAUAAUCCCACGGUAGUUGAUCGGUUCUCUGGGUUCUACGAUAACUGGAUUUUGAAGCUCGAAGAGAUCCUCCACCAGCUUCUCCACGUUUCCAACAACCACCACCUUUUCACCGAACAGGACCUUCAAUCUCUGAUUUCUAAAGUUACCACACACUUCAAGGAGUACUACACCGUGAAAUGGAGUCUGGCACGCGAGGACGUUGUUGUCUUUUUUUCGCAGCCUUGGUUGACCCCUCUCGAAAUUGCAUACCUCUGGAUCACGGGUUGGAAGCCUUCCACCGUCUUCAAGGUGCUGGAGUCUCUCAAAAAAGAUAACUUAUUUGGGAUGACAGAAGAGCAACAGAGGAAGAUAGGAGAGUUAAGGAUGAGGAUGAAGAUGGAGGAGGAAAAGGUUGAGAGAGAGAUGGAGAGGCAGCAGGUUGCCAUGGCGAAUAGCAAAAUCGUGGAGCUGGCCAAGCUCUCCGGAAGAGCCACGUGGAAGAAACAUAAUAAUGGAAAAGAUCAUGAUGAGAUGGUGCAGUUGGCGAUGAAGGAUGUGUUUGGGGGAUUGGAGAGAAUAAUGAAAACUUCUGAUUGUGCGAGGUUGAAGACCCUGAAAGGAAUUUUGGACGUUCUUCGGUCAAUACAGUGUGUUCACUUCUUAGUUGCUAAUAUUACUAUACAACUUCGCAUCAGGCAAUGGGGUAACAAUUGUCACCCCAUUUAUCAUUCUCUGGCAGAAUCCAUUCAGUCAUCCAAUUGCAAAAUUUGAAUUAUAAUUAAGUAGUAAUAGCUAAUAGUAUAUAUUAAUUGCAAAAUUUGAAUUAUAAUUAAGUAGUAAUAGCUAAUAGUAUAUAUUAUGAUUGGCUAAUUAGGUGUUAGUUACUAUUAUCUAAGUUCUUUUUAUAUUUUAUUCUGAGGUACUAAUUAAUUAUAUUUUAUUUUUUUUCAAA